AUAAACAAUUACGGAAAUGAGGAGUACCGAAUUUAUAGUUUUAUCGAUUUUUCUGACAGCAGCUAUUGGUGCGGCAAUGGCAAAAGAUAUGGAAUUCGCCGAAAAAAUGGCAAAAAAACUGAAGGUCAAUAUCGAGGACUGUAAAUUAUUAUCGGAGCAAAAAAAUAAAAAUGGUAAUAAGAAUGUGUUAGGUGUUCCAAGUUCUGGUAAAUCAGUUGCAAUGAAUUGUCCUUCAUAUUGUUUUGCUGAACAAUUUGGUUUUAUGAAAAAUGAGGCCGUGAACAGUCUAGAACUUGAGAAAAAAUUAAAUGAAUUCCAAGUAGGUAAGGAAUCAGCUAAACAAGCAGCGGCAAAAUGUGGACCAGUAUACACUGGAGACAAAUGUUCCACAGCAGAUCAGCUAUUCAAGUGUUUAGCUACGUCCGUACAAGAAACUAAGACAAAUAUCAACCAUUAGGAAAGUAUUAAAAGAAAACAUAAUAUCGUAUAUCGGACAGUAUUUAUACAUAUUAAUAUUAUGCUAUUAUUG